AUGAGAUUUCGUUCGCUUAAGAGGAUCUUUUGGAAGGAGGAAGCCUCACUAACGGUGAUCCUUGUAGUUGGUAUAACUAUUGCGUACUACGUCCUGAUGAAUAUUGUGCUGCCGGAGCUGCUGGAUGUUGGGAGUCCAGGAUAUAUAUUCCUCAGAGUGCUGGGUCUCUUUCUCUUUUCGAAUAUCAUGUCUAAUAUGGUGAUGUGCAUGUUGGUAGAUCCAACAGUCGAUCCAGAGCAGUUAAGUUUGCAAUUUGAGUUGAGAAAGCCAAGUAAUGACUGGCACGAGUGCCGAAAGUGUGAGAUUUUGGCUCCUCCUCGAUCCCAUCACUGUAGGGUAUGUGGGGUUUGUAUUCUAACGAGGGAUCAUCACUGCUACUUCUCCGCUUGCUGCAUCGGAUAUGAAAACUAUAGAUACUUCUUCUACUUUGUGUUCUACACAUUUGUGGCUUCUUUUAUAUCAUUCAUAGCCAGCAGCAUAUUCUGGUUCGUGCUACACGGUGGCAGCUAUGAAUUCCCAGUCGGCAGAUUUCAGUUUAUAUGUCUUUAUAUUUUGAUGCUGGUCGUGCUAGGGAAUGAGAUCAAACCUAAAGAUGUUUUUUGGUCAGCGAAUGCAUUGGACUUGGAUCUCUGCAUUUAUUCCCAGCCAUCUGCCACACGAUGGCAUAAACUGGAGAAAAACAGAUGCCUGUAA